UGUCAAAUAUUCUGACAAUUUCGAUUCUUGAUUCGCUGUCAAAAUUCAAGUGAAAUGCGAUGAAAAUGCGCGAUAAUCUCUCUGAAAUCUACGAAGCUAACUACAAAUCGCGCGAAUACAUUGCUAGAGCUUGCUGCGACGUUAUCGAAGACAUCCUGAGAGUCACUUACGACGAAGAGAAUCCGCUGACCACUGCUUCGAAGAAGUGCAGCCAGAGUACGCAGACCGACGAUAACCUCCACUACGCUUUGAUGAUACAAGAAAAACUAGUCGAGAACAACAGUAAUUUCGAUUCAAAAGAUCACUUCACCGAGAGAAUAUACAAGAAAUGGUUGAAAUUAGACAACUGAAGCCGCGACUUGUGAAAUACAUCGAAUUGGAUAACCCCGACCCAACGGAGUUGUUCGAAAUAGAAAGUUAUGACGGUGACGACGACCAAGACGAUCUAAGUGUAGAAAACAUCGAAAAUAAUCCGGAAUCUUCCAACGAAAAUUACACCACGGAGGACUGUAACGACUUCAUUCAGAAUUUUACGGUCUUGAGAAAAGUACAAGAAGCUCUAGAUCAAAUCUCUUAUACUCUCGGUAAUUUCCUGAGAGACAGAGAGCAUUUAUUCAUGGAGAGAAACAUAUUCAGCCUGAAUAACAGGGGCAUAGGAGUGGAUGCACCCGAUGAAGAUUUACCACUGGACGUACGCCUAGCUGCUUAUUUACUCUCGCAAGGUGACAACAGACGGGUGGACGAUUUAAUUACCAGGCUCAAUCAAAAUGUUGUGGUCAACGUCAAUUUAUCAUACUAUUUUAAACUUAUGCUCGUUAUGUUAACUGUCAACACCCUGUUACUGUUCAAGUGGAUCAUUUGGGACCAUUUUCCACAAAUUUUUCCUUAACUACCAUACCUGGAUAUAUUGUAACUACUUGUGAAAAAUUGCUGCCAUUUACUCAGAACGUAAUAAACGAUUACAUUUUAAAAAGUUU